UAUUUAACCCUCCAAGCUGAAACUUCACAAGCCCCGAUGAAAGUGCGCUGCUGAAAAAAUAAAAAAAAAUUGCUGGCAAGAUUGUUGUGGUCCACGAAAUUAUGGUGCUGCGUUUCAUAAUGUUGCGGCGGUGUUGGUGACCACGCGGAAGUUGUGAGAUAACGCGAGGAAGAUGAUGCGUGCGUGCCUGCUGUGAUCAAAGUCUAAAAAACCGCCAUCUCAUCGUGUGGUAUCGUGCUGAUCGUCCCGGAGAGUUACACGAGAAAACAGACAUCACCCAAGGAUGGCCUCGUCGGUUGCACUUAGAUGGACCUAUUCCGGCGGACGUUCCCUGCUACGGACGGCCACGGUCGGUGGAGGAGGUCACCACCGUCAUUCGCAUCAUCAUCAGGCACACGAUCUCGUGGAGCAGCACGACCGUCAACAUGAUGUGGAGGAAGUACGGAUUCCGGUGCCAUACGGUGAAAUCGCUGGCAAAUGGUGGGGACCGAAGAAUGUGCGACCCAUCGUUUCGAUUCACGGUUGGCAGGACAACGCGGGCACCUUCGAUCGGCUUAUACCGCUGCUACCGAAGCACAUUAGCUUCCUUGCGCUGGAUCUCCCGGGUCAUGGACUUUCCUCACGCAUUCCCGACGGUAUGAUGUAUCACUCGCUCGACAACACGUUCGUGUUGUUCUAUCUGAUGCGCGAGUAUGGCUGGAAGAAGUUGUCCCUGAUGGGCCACUCGAUGGGUUCGAUCCUGAGCUUCAUCUUCACCGCGACGUUCCCCGAUAAGGUGGAUUUCUAUAUCGGUAUCGAUGCACUCAAACCGCACAUCUCCGAUCCGCACAAAUUCCCGGGGCGACUAGAGAAACGCCUGCCGCAGGCCCUACUGGCGGACAUUCGCAAUCGCGAGAAGUCGGAACCACCGUCCUAUCCGUACGGUGAACUAAUCGAACGGUUGCAUCUCGGGACGAACAAAUCGGUCAGCCGCGAAGCGGCACCGUUUCUGCUGUAUCGUAAUACACGCAAAUCGACACUCCACCCGGACCGGUAUUACUUCACGCGGGACAGCCGGCUCAAGCACAGUGCUGGCGUCGGUUGGGACCAGCCCAUCAAUUUGGAGUUUGCCAAGCGUAUGAAGUUGCCCUAUCUGUUCAUCAAAGCCAAACACUCGCCGUACUACGAGGAACGGAAGUACUUUGACGAGUUUGUCGAAACAGUUCAGAGCAACAAUCCGCAGUUCCAGCUCGAAUUCGUCGACAGUACGCACCAUCUACAUCUGACGGAGCCGGAGAAGAUAAGUCCGAUCAUUAGCAAGUUUCUGGAGAAACACUGGAAACAAGAGAACGAACAUUAGCGUUGAGUUGGGUGUGACGAUGUAAGGGGCUCCGGUUUAACUUAUUGAUGUACCUCUUAAUAGAACAAUAUUUUAAAAACAGAACCCAGAUAAAACGUGUGUUCCGCGGAGAAGGAUUGGAUUAUUUGAAUGGCUUUUUGUUAAGUUUGUCUAUAAUAAAUAAUAUAAAAGACCAAA